AUGCAGGAUGCCUUUUCAAGAAACUCUGACUUUGACCUCGAUAUUGACGAUAAGCGUCACCAGUCACUUACCUCCAUGAGCACUUGCUUGCUUCUGAAGUAUUUCUUGCAAGUCCCAACCGACAUGAAGCAAAUCAGCGUUUUUGGUUGUGGUGCCAUGGGAACCAACAUCGCAAAUUUGUUGGCUGAGAACGUGGCUAGGCUUGACGAUUAUAAGAAGACGAUAUUAUGGUUCGUUCGUGAUGAGGAAUGUUUUGGUGAGCGAUUAAUUGACGUCAUCAACGGCAAUCGUGAAAAUCCGAAGUAUGCGCCAAAUGUGCAUUUGAAGGACAACAUCGAAGCAAAUGGGGAUGCUGCCGCUGUUGCCAGUGCAUCAGACGUGAUUUUUUUUGUUUAUGCUACCCGUCAUGGCCUUUUGAUGACUGAAACAACCGAAACUGUCCCAGACCAGGUAAUACGACUGGUGAGCGAGGAGAUCCUACGGGUGACGAAAAGUCCGUGCGUGGUCGUUAGUGGUGGUGUUAACGCUAAGGGCCUUGCAAAUGGUGACUUUGCAGAGGCCACGAUCGGUUGUCCAAAUCCAGAGCGAGCAGAAGAAGCAAAACUACUUCUACAGGUAAAGUACCCUACAACAUCUUCUCAUUCUGCUACUGUCACCGCACUGUCGUACUUUUCAACGCCCGUGGUUGGCUUGUAG